UGUCCUGCUCACUGGAGUGUCGCUGUGGCGCCUGUCACCGCGCUACCCCUACAGCAGACCGAACUGGCUAGGCUGGCUAGCUAGACACAGUUAUUAGUUGCCUGUCGGAUGAGUCCCGAGUCAGAGAGCGAAAUAAGGGCAGGGUAGAUAGAUCCACCCAAACAGAGUCAUCUCUACCAAGCUACGGCUGCGGCUCUUACAACCUGUCAGGACCUUACUGGGAAAACAGGAUUUUGACAGUUCAUCUUUACAAUCUGGAUACUGCAUUGCUUGGUUGCCUUCUCCAAUUGUGCAGUAGCUUGCUAGCUGGCUCCAUACCUACACGUUAACCGGAUUACUGGUGACAGUAAUUUGCAAUCACGUCUGCUGUUUGUGUAUUUUGUGAAAUUAUUAGCUAGUUAGCUAGCCACGAAGAAAUGACGGAGCUUAGAAAGCGAGGGGGAGGCGGUGACCAUGACAGCACAGAAAACAUCAGUGACAAGGAGGCUGAUGGAGAGGACAGACUGGGCCUACCCGGGGAGGUGGAGGGAGACGGAGAGGGGGAGCCUAAAGCUGACACUCCAGAGGUCCCUCCUUCCGCAGAUAACACUCCAGAAUGUCUCAACAAAGCCCUGGAAGGGCUCUCCUCCAGAUGGAAGAACUGGUGGAUACGAGGAAUUUUGUCGCUGACGAUGAUUUCUGGCUUUUUCCUCAUCAUUUACUUGGGCCCUAUCAUGUUAAUACUGGUGGUCAUGUCCAUUCAGAUCAAGUGCUUCCAGGAGAUAAUAACGAUCGGGUACAGAGUCUAUCAUUCCUACGAGCUCAAGUGGUUCCGGUCACUCAGCUGGUACUUCUUGAUUUGCGUGAAUUACUUCUUCUACGGGGAGACGGUGGCAGACUAUUUUGGCGCCUUUGUUCAGAGGGAGGAGCCUCUGCAGUUCCUUGUGCGCUAUCAUCGCUUCAUCUCCUUUGCACUUUACCUGGGAGGUUUCUGCAUGUUUGUUCUGAGUUUAGUGAAGAGACAUUACCGCCUGCAGUUUUAUAUGUUUGCUUGGACCCAUGUGACGCUGUUGAUUGUGGUAACUCAGUCACACCUUGUCAUUCAGAACCUGUUUGAGGGAAUGAUCUGGUUUAUCGUUCCAAUAUCCAUUGUCAUCUGCAAUGACAUCAUGGCUUACCUCUUUGGUUUCUUCUUUGGAAGAACGCCUUUGAUUAAGCUCUCCCCAAAGAAGACCUGGGAAGGGUUUAUUGGAGGCUUCUUCGCAACAGUAGUCUUUGCAUUUAUUUUUGCCUACCUCCUUGCGCAGUACCAGUACUUUGUCUGUCCUGUCGAGUACGACAGCGAGACGAACCGGUUUGCUGUGGAGUGCCAGCCUGCUGAGAUCUUUGUGAUGCACGAGUACACCCUACCGUCGGUGAUUCAGAACACUCUGAGAUGGGUAAGGAUGCACCUACACACCCUACCGUUGGUGAUUCAGAACACUCUGAGAUGGAAAACGGUGACCCUGUACCCGUUCCAGAUCCACAGCGUCGCCCUCUCCUCCUUCGGCUCCCUGAUUGGCCCGUUCGGCGGCUUCUUCGCCAGCGGCUUCAAAAGGGCCUUCAAAAUAAAGGAUUUCGCCGACACCAUUCCGGGGCACGGGGGCAUCAUGGACCGCUUCGAUUGCCAGUACCUGAUGGCCACGUUCGUUCAUGUCUACAUAGCCAGUUUUAUCAGGGGUCCAAACCCCAGCAAGGUCUUACAGCAGCUGCUGGCACUGCAGCCAGAGCAGCAGCUCACCAUCUUCAACACACUGCGCUCCCACCUCAGAGAGACUGGCAUACUGCCCCCUACUGGAGUGGAGGGCCAGUGAAGAACACAGACACCACUCCCUCCUUCCCCUGCCCAGCAUUUAUUUAUUUAUCCUGACUGAACAUGAAUGCACUGUAGCGUCUGAUGUCAGGGGCCGCCCGGACGACGCAACCGGAAUACACCCAACCCUGGGUCCUGCAUGAAAAACACAAAAAUCCCAGAAGUCCAUUGGGGAGAGGCAGAGGGGUCCACCAUCCUUCAAAAUCCAUUACCCAGAAGUACACAUGGGAGAGGGAGAAGGGGUCUGUCAUCCUUCAGAAAGCAUUACCCAGAAGUCCAUGAGGGAGUGGGAGAGAGAUCCACCACCUUUUGGAAAAAAUGAUCCACAAGGCUUUUCAGCACCACAUAAACACGGCGUCUUCCGGAUGUACGGACCCCAGCUCACACUGAAUGGAUGUAGAAGACGAUGUAGCGGGAAUCCCUGUCGAAGAGCUACAUCCGUGCACUAACGAUGCACUGACUCUACUCAAAGCUGCGAGGACAUGCUUACUGAAAGUCGUGUGGAUUAAACUGAUGUGUGGACUGCUGAGCCGCAGUAGGGACGUUGCACUGUUGUGUAACCCUGUCUGUUCCAACAACAGACACUGAGGACCCGGGUUUCGAGAUUUUACGCACGCUAGGCGCAUAGAGCAUCUCGUGCCGUAGUAAUAACGGUCUUAACUUCGAAACUCAGCGGGGAAAAAAGGAUCAAAACCUGAAGAUGUACAUAGGCAAUGAUGUCAUUGCUGCUGAUGUACGUCGUUUCCCCCUUUCCUUUGUGCAUUACAGAAAGUGGUGUACUUUUAGAGUAGAGAUCGAUUGAGUUUGGCUAUCCAAAGCAUGGUGAUAGCUACUGUAAAUGCAAAACUAAAGAUGCAGCACACUGAUGCAACUUUUACACUGUGUGUGUAUUAUACGUGUUUAACGUUACACACGCACAUAUAAACGUACAUCUGUAGUGUAUACAUUAGCAUAUAACCUAUAAUGCAUUACUGUACAUAUUUAUAUAUAUAUAUAUAUAUAAAAGAAUAUAUAUAAUAUAAAGAAUACUUAUGGGACUUGUUGCAUAUAACUGCAUUUUAAAACUAUAGAAAUAUGCAAAAAAGCAGGAUCUUUCAUGUGAUUUUAUCGUAGGUAGCAUGAAGAGGCAUCCGUAGGCUUGAGUAGUGGAGCUGGGAAAGGAUAUUCAUGGUGUUGUGGUGUGAGGCAGCUUUUGAGAGUGCACAGAAUAACUUGUACUCUGCACCUAAAGGAAGUUUGAAAUGGCUGUGCUUUGACCUGUCAGAUGAAUUCAUUUUUUAUUUUAUUUUAGUUGCACUGUAAUCGGGUUAGAGAAUGUCUUCAGCGACAACCGUCUUAGCUUUUUAAUUGUCGCUGUCUGUUUUUAGACUUGUUUUUUUUUAACAUUUUCUUGAAAUCACAUUUUCAGUUGCAGAACAGGAGAGUUUUACAUACAGUGAAUUACUAAAGCAAUGUUUUACAUUUAUCGUUACAUGACAUCAUGUAAUCAGAUAAAAACUUGAGAUUUCCGGUUCUCUGUUGAAAAUAAUGCAGUCACAUCACUAAAAUAAAGUACUGUAUUUUGAUGCAAGUGCUGCAUUAUUCUGAAAAAUGGAAACAGAUUUCCAUUCUAUUAGCAAAGGUUUACCAAAGUGAUGUAUUUUACUGUUCUUUUUCUUCUGUUUUUUAUUUUUUAUUUUAUUUUUAUAAGCAUAGUGGGUGGACUGUUCUUUAACAAAUUUCAACAGUUUCUACAGUUUCACCAUGAGUUCCAGCCAGGCCAUGGACAAAUGAAUAUUGUGGAAGAAUACAAAAUAAUUAUUUGCUCAAAUGUGUUAACUGGUGAUAAUUUCUAUAAUGGUUACAUAAAUAAAUACGUGUUCAUUCCCCUCCUCUUAGAGGGGAAAAAUACCUUUUUUGGGCCAGUUUUGGGCACUAAGGGACAAACUUGAUUGUUUUAUUUUGUGACUAACUGGUUGAUGCACGACAGUUUCUCUGUAUUAAUAUUUUAGCACUUAUCCAGUUUUUAACAACAUUUCAUUUUGAUUUCAGAUUGUUUUUGUAGUUCAGUCCAUAGGUUAAACAGGUGAAAAUUAAACAGGUGUUCUCCCUAAGACAAAAGAAUGCCCACACCGAGGGGGGGGGGGGGGGGGUUGUGGAUUUUGGGACCAGAAUUUUUUACUUCGUUUGUGUAAGAUUUUUCUUAAGCCCCCCUCCCCGAUUAGAUUCCCCAAUUUACAGAUAACACCUGUACAUAUGAAUUUUUCUGUGGCCAUAGGCCCUAUCUUUAAAAGAUUCUGCCCACAACUGUCACACGAACAAUGGAAGCAACUCCCUAACCAAACUAAAUAAUAAGAUAUCUAUAUAACGAGUAGGUGAAGUUGCUAAGUGAAUUAUUAUGACUUAAGUAAAAAGAUGAACAAAUGUGGUCUAUUUAUUAAAUUGUUUACAUGAAUUCAAUUUUAUUUGUAUUAUCCUCACUGUCAAAUAUUAUGUGCUGGGAAAGAUAUUAUUUAAUGUAUUUUAUUAUUUUUGACUGUUUUCAGUUUUGAUUUGCAGAAAGAGUAAAUAUUCAGGAUUUUAUAAUAUCUAGCAUUUGGAAUGGGUCAGAUUGAGAUUAGUACAAGAACACACCACAUAAUGGAAAAAUUAUUAUUAUUCCAUAUUGUGAUACACUGAAUAAAUAAUAUUUUUUCUUUACCAUC